AGGCUUCUAGGAAAGAAUGCUUGUUUGCAGCGCCAUCAAAUAUUCUCAAUUUUUAACUAUGGUUUAAUUGAAGUGGUAGGAAAAACAUGAAAAUGAUCCUUGUUUUAAUAAUUUUUUGAAUAAUCUGACUACCGCUCGAGCGGUAAUGGCGGUAGUCUGGAUCCGCCACUGCCUAUGCUAUUUCAAAGAUUUCUCAACAGUAGCAUUCAUAUUAGAAAUUUUAAAAAGAAUUCAUGCGUCAGGUUAGUAUCUGGGUACGUCACCGAAAUCUAUACUUUUGUGCCAGAACUUACUUGAAAAAAAUACUAUUGCUGAGGAUAAUGUAAUCUAGUUGGGUGCCCCAAAGUUAAAGAAACCUUGUUUGAACGACAGGGGCGUUGCUAGCGACGGGUGUAAUCUACAAAGUCCGUAGUUUGUCGGUCAAAUUGUCUAUCAGUAGGUGAAAUAGCACCUAAAUUCUUCUCCAUCUUUGUCUUCGUCGGUAAAUUUGUCUAUUGAUGACCCUCAACCCUGCGAGGAUGGCUCAGUUGUUAGAGGCGCUGAUUACAGCCCAAGGGUCAGUGGUUCGAGUCCCUGGCAUGACCAAACUUUCACCAAGAGUUGGGAGAGUCGCCAGCUCUCUGUAAUUCCAGGCGUAGGAAUCACGAGGUGUGGUCACAUCGAGAGGAAGGACCAGGACACUGCUCGAUAAGCAUAGCUUCUCAGUGUCUUAAAAACUACCUGCGGAUGCUAGGUAGCAACAAAUACAAAUACAAACCCUCCGAGUCUGGGAGGUCAAGCGACGCUACUGUUGAACGAUAAUAAAUGUUGGUCUAUCCAAGGGUAUUGCCUUGCAAAUGUUUUAAAAUGCCCUGCUAACCAUUUGGGUAGCUUGGGGAAGAGAUUUCCCGACAAAACUGUCCUCUACAGUAGAUUCGGUUCUUUGUUGGCUUGUAUCUUUUUCAAAUCUGCAUGUUAAUUUCUCCACAGUCAUGAUUUCUCAAGCGCGCCGUUUUUUUAAAUAAACCUCGUUUUGAUUAUGUUGCCAAAUAUACAUAUCAUUGCAAAUGUACCAUGGAUGCUGGAAGGUUCCAAUGUGGAAGCUGCUGGUACAGCCCAUACGCCAGACUUUUGCGGUAUCUUGCACCUGUAGCAUUGACACUGAUAGCAAUUGAUAUUGGAGAGCAGGCCCUAAACAGAGCACUAGCAAGUUCCUUUGAUGCCGUUGAUACAUUGGCUAGCUUUGGAAUCUCAUAUGUCAUUAUCAAAUUGGCAACAGGUGCUUUGUCAGAAAUUAAAAUGGUCAGCAUCAUGCUGCUGCACAAUCACUCAGAUAGGAGAAGAAUAGGGCUAUGUGUCUUAAUUUCUGGCUUGUGUGUUGUACUGUUUGCACUCAUAGUUGCUUUUACAGACUUCGGAUUUUACCUAAUUGAUGAAGUGCACAGAGUACCCCCAAAUAUUGGACAGCUUGCAAAAGACACAAUCUUAUACCUAUCUGUAUUUCCAUUGGUUGAUGGUAUUGCAUGGCUUCACACUGGUGUUUUGCUUAGGUACAAAUACAGCUUAACAGUCGGUGGAGCAUCGGUUUUAGACAAUAUAGUCCAGGUUAUAACUGUUGUUGCACUUUUGCAAACAAGUCUCUCAAGGACAAAGCCAAUCCUGAUUCCUGUUCUGGCUACAUAUUUUGGCACACUUGCGAGACUCCUUGCCGUGACAAUUGCUUAUUACAAACAUGUUCAUCACCAGCUUGGUGAAUACACUACAGUGGACUCUCCAUCUAGAGUCGAGGAAAGAGGAAAUAGAUUACAGUUCAAAAAAAUUCUAUCAUUCUGGGCGCCACUAGCCUUAGUUCAAAUUUGCCAAAGAAUAAGUAGGCCUAUUGUGAACUUGUUUGUUGCCAGAGAUCGUUUAGGGGGAGUAACACGUGAAGAAGCAGUAAAGGCUUUGGCUGUUUUGUCCGUCUGCUAUCCAAUCGGUCAUCUACCGUAUGGUUGGUUGAACACUCUACGAUCUGUUGAACCAGCCUUUACAAAGAGAGAAAAUGAAGGAGAGAGACCUGUCACUGUGAAGCAUAUACGAAUCUUCCAGCUGUGCUGUUUUCUUCUGUCAAUAGCGCUUAUGGCAAUCUUGUUCUGGAUUCCUGGAGUAGCUUCUGCCAUACUAUACCAUGUUAGUGAUGUUGAUAAAGACAUUAUUCAGGACGCUGUUGUUGUUCUACACGUGUUUUCCUUUUUCUCUAUACCAGUGGCAAACAGAGCUGUAUUAACCGGGAAUUUCGUCGCAAAAUCCCAAACCAAUUAUCUGUAUCCAAGUAUUCCAGCAAGGGUCAUUGCCCUGAUUGCAAUGCUUUUUAUUUUGCCUAGAGUUGGUGUUCACCGAUCACUUAUGGGUGUUGCAGCGUUGAUUUCAGGAUUUCUCGCUGAAUCCUUAUGCAAUCUGAUAAUAACAGCCAUCGUCUAUUAUCGAUCAAGAUCGAGAGAACCUUGCCAAAUUCAAGUAGAAGACAAAGAAAUUCAAAAAGAAUCAGAACUUUGAUCAAUUGCAAACCAUGAGUGCGAUAUAUUCCAGAUGUUUGAUGCUGUCAGUAUUGAAAUGGUUUUAAGGUUUCAGGUAAUAGAUCUGCAGAAGGUAAGCAGAAUAAUUGGGACAUUGUUAUAGAUAAAAAGGGCAUUUGUUACGUUGCGACGUAACAUUUUAGUUCCUUAUCCUGUACCUCAUAACUAGAGCUUUAGCAAUAGCAGGAGGAUUCGUUAUCCGAAUGUUGAGCUUCCUGUCAUGCAAGGCAAUUUAUUCUUGUCAAAAAAUGUGGACUUGCGAAGAUAGUAUCCUAAAGAAAAGCCUUAAGAAAAGCUAAAAUGCUAAAAUGAGCUAGAAACUCACAGAAAUAUUUGGAGGUGAAACUUUUUGAAUAAUUUGAAAGUAUAAUAAACCGAAUUUAUAGGUUUUACUGUCAAAGUGAUCAGUCGCGGGUGAUUGCGGUAGCCAAGUUAAAAUAUAAGGCCUGAUAGAUACUAUAAGAUAAUAUAAGACAUUUUAGAUGUUUUAAUAUUAUUGAUACAAUCGAAAUUAAAAUGUAUAUUGUUGUCAAGAUUUUCAUAUUAGUUAGGAAAUUAAAGUAUAUUUGAAUGCUCGAAAUGUUUUAGAAUAUUUUUUAGGUUUAUAACAAUUUCAUGAGUAUCAAAAGAACGAAGCUGUUAUUUAUAAUUUUAUGAACUUGUAUGAUCUUCUGCUUGAUCAAGACUUUCAGAAUCACGUGAUUUGUUGUCAUUUUAACCCAGUCCCAAGUGAAUUGCAAUUUUUUGUUGAUACAGCUAGUUAUUUGUGUUUUCCCUGAUUUCCUACAGUAUAUUAAAGUUCAAGUUUCUCAUUUUUUACAAAAGCAGAUAGGUAAAGAUGAACUCAAAUUUCAUAUUUUCUCUAAAAGUGCAAUAAUUUUCAUACAUAACGUUUCGGAAUAGCUGUUAUCUGUCGUCAAAUUUAUAGACCUUUCUUUUUUUGGUUGGUUUUUAUUUCUGUUACUUUGUUUGCUCGUUUGAGGAUUUUUUUAUUUACUUCCAUCUUUAUCAACCAUGGAAAACACCUUUUAUUUCGUCAGCCAAUUUUAUGACUUAAUGAAGACAUAAUUAUCAGCAGCCUUGGUGAUAAAUUUAUUGCUAGAUGUUCUCCUCUUUGUGAAGUUAAUCUUGAAAUAAACCCAAGUAAUUGUGUUUGCUCUUCCAUACCACCUGAUAAUAUAUUUGUCUUUCAAUUAUUCAUUGAUAGUGGGUUGUCGAUUGAUGAUUGAAAUGAAUGAUACCAAUGUUUCGAUGAUUCUUGUUUAUUAUGAAUUCUUCCAUGAAGGCUACUCAAGUCAACGUUCACAAGUGAUGAUAAAACCUCUUCACAUUAUGAUCUAUAAUCAUUGUGAUCACCAGUCAAGAUCAUUUUUUGUGAUUAAUCAGAUUCAACCCCAAUGAUCAUCUGGCAUCACCCAUGAUCAUAAUGAAUCAUCAUGGUCAUUAUCACGAAUCGUUGAUCAAGUGAAUCGUUAUAUAGUAGGAAUCGGUUUCCUAAUUGCAUGGGAAACACCUCAAAUCUAUUUUAGCCCUGUAGCCAGACAAGCAUUUCUUUACAAUUCAUUUAAAUUCUUCUUCUUAGAUACUCACACCUGACCAUCUGUGUAAACAGAAGAACGUCAGACUUGCGAAUGUUCCUAAGCCAAUAAGGAUAUCACCCUUCUUUGUUUUCUUUGUACAAUCCCUGACAUCAUAGCUCCUUUGCUUCAUGUAUGGAGCCUACCGAAAGGCUAUUUACCAUGAACUUUCUAUUCAGUCUUCUUAAAUAAAAAAACUACAUCCUAAAUUUGUUUGACUCGAUUUUCUAGAUAGCCGAAAAAGUACCCUUUUUAAUUUUUUUGGAAAUAGUUACUUUUCUCGAAAUCAUACAAUAAUUUCGAGUUUUCUUUUGUGAGAGACACCGAAAAUGUUAAUUUCUUUACAUGCAUCAUCAAUAAAGUGUUAAAGUUUAUGGAUGAAAGUUUGAUAUAAAACAUCCAGACUGAAAAAAUUCUCCAUUCCCUAAUAUCCCACCUUUACGCUUUUUUGCUCAACAUAAGGCGCAAAAGAAGAACUGAAUUGAUUUCGAAGCCUGAAAGUUAGUCAGCGAAGCAGAUACCCUACUCAUCUAGUUUUGCUACAAUGUAUUUAAACAGUCAUAUGACGGUUUUAUCCCUUUUCCAUUAGCGAUUUUACGAAGGCAGCUUAAAUAUUGUCCGGGGGAACAAGAAGCCAGGUUGCCGAUCAGCGUUUUAACUUGGUUUACACAGGCCUUCUCUUUGUCAAUAAUGUACCUAGGAUUCUUCACAAGUAACGUUUGCCUAAUGAGGCAAAUUUCCACCCCCCACCCCCCUCUCGCUUGAAAAAUUAAGCAAUUUUCAUCUUUUUUCAACUUUUAUUUGCAUUUUUGUUAACUUUUUUCUCCCGUGUAGUUUUUCCCUCCCGUGUAAUCUUUUAAUUACUGUAUAGAGACUUUUUGGAAGUUUUGUAUUUGGUACUACCUAGUUUCCAGAGCUUAUUGAGAAACUGUACUUAUCAAGCAGUGUCCUGGUUCUUCCCUUCGAUUUGACCGCACCUCGUGUGUCCUAAACUGGUACGAAAAAGCUAUUUUGUACUUAAGGAGCCAAUCUAAAGGCACACAGAUUUCCAAUUGGUCAGAACAGACUUCGGCAAGAAAAGCGUGUUCUCAGGUUUUUUGUAUUUGCUCCGGUCCAUCUUUUAUAACCAAAUACAACCGUAGGAGGGUAGAAAAGUUGUUUUUUCAAUUUUUGAACGGAUAUACUUUUAUGACUUGCAUACUUUAGGAUCGCACAAAAUGCUUGGUGAAUGACGUGAUUUCACACAAUAAUAGAGGGUCACCAGCUCCCUUUCUUUGAUUGAGCUGUGUGAUGCACUAGCCCUAAUAAAAUUCUUUGGCACUAAGUAGGAAAGCCUAUUGAAGCUAUUUGGCUCCACAGUUUAUAUGUUUGUUAUUCCUCAAUAUUCCAAUUCUUUAAAAGAUGCUCUGGAAAAGACAAUAAAGUAGUAAUAGAUGUAGCAUAUUCAGCAUUGUGACUGCAUCAUAGAUUUGUUCGUAGAGAUCUUAGCAUAUAGAUCUUCAGCUCUGGGUUCAUUCAUUUUGCUACUCUUGGUGAAGACCCCACAAUCACAAAAUCCCAGGUGCAUGUAAAAGAGAAAGUAUACACGGAUUUUUAGAUGACCAUAUUCCAUAUUCUGACGUCACUAAAAACCUUCGUAAACUAUAGCUAGGCAUAACUCCAUUAUGUGUUAUCAAUAUGGGAAGAAUCAUACAUUUGAUCCAUUAUCUAGGGACCCUCCUGAAUUUUAUGUAUGAACCAAUUUUUGAAUUAGUUUCUUUAACGAUUGUGUAAACGGCGCU